AAUCGUUAUCUUUUUACGUGAAGAAGGCAGCUGCCUGGACGUACAGCGCAUGCUCACAAAUACAGCCCAUUUGUGACAUCUCGGGUUGUAAUAACAUUUAUUAAACGAGUUAUAUAUAAUAAACCCCACAACAGUAUUGGAUGAAUAAUUAAGUAAUAAGGACAAAUAAUGUUUCCUGCUGAGUGCAGCACGUCUCCUCUAAGAGAGGAGGUGAACAUGUGUAACUACACUAAUGUAACAAACAUUAUAAUAACAUUAUUUUAAUGAAUUUAUGUUUCCUGCUGAGUGCAGCAUGUCUCUCUCCUCCCCUUCUCUCGGGUCAUAUGACCAAGCAGUUUCCUUCACUUCCUCAAACUUUCAGCCUCUCCGCCUCUCCGGACCGGACUCCGGUUCUUCACAGCCGAACCGGCCUCCAGUCGAACGGUCGGCGGAAGCAGCAGCAGCAGACCCCGCAGCUCAGAGACCGGGGCUCCGAAUGGCAGCGCCGAGCGGAGGGACAGGAGCCGCGGGGCUCCGGCGCGGAGGAAAGCCCGCAGCGGCCCGGGCGGCGCUCCUCGCGCUGCUGCUCACCUGCUGCGUCAGGUGUGCGACCGGGGCUAAACCGAGCAACAUCGUCCUCGUGCUCGUUGACGACCAGGAUGUUGAUCUGGGGGGCAUGACGCCCAUGAAGAAAACCAAAGCGGCGAUAGGAGAGGCAGGAGCAACGUUUCUGAAUGCUUUUACUGUCACGCCGCUGUGCUGCCCCAGCAGGAGCAGCAUUUUGACGGGUCGGUACCCCCACAACCACGAGGUGAGGAACAACUCCCUGUCAGGGAACUGCUCCAGCCUCCUGUGGCAGAAAGGCCCCGAGUCAGAGGCUUUCCCCGUCUACCUCAGCAAGCAGAAAUACCAGACCUUCUUCGCUGGGAAGUAUCUGAACCAGUAUGGUCAAAAGGAAGCAGGAGACGUCAUUCAUGUUCCACCUGGCUGGGAUCAGUGGAAUGCAUUGGUGGCAGUCUCUGUUAUCUGUGGACGACAUGGUGGACACGCUUGUGAAGAAACUCGAGAGCAUUAAAGAGCUUGACAAUACCUACAUCUUCUACACCUCAGACAACGGCUAUCACACAGGUCAGUUCUCGCUCCCUGUUGAUAAGAGGCAGCUGUACGAGUUCGACAUCAGGGUCCCACUGCUGGUCCGUGGUCCAGGCAUCAAACCGAACCAAACUCUGAAGGCUCCGGUUCUGAACAUUGACCUCGGUCCCACCAUAUUGGACAUAUCUGGAGUCAACCUGACAACGGUCAACAUGGAUGGACAGUCUUUCUUGUUUCAGAUGGCUCCUUCACUGAGGAACGGCACAGCAAGACCAUACUUCCUGGUUGAAUACACUGGAGAGGGCAAUCCAGUAUCAGACCCUUCCUGUCCAAAACUGGGAUCUGGAGUGUCUGAGUGUUUUCCAGACUGUGUGUGUGAGGAUUCCUACAACAACACGUACGCCUGCGUCAGAACCCUGAACGACCAGAACCUGCAGUACUGCGAGUUCGCCGACAGCGAGUCGUUUGUGGAGAUGUACAACUUGUCGUCCGACCCGCACCAACUGGAGAACAUUGUGAAGAAGGUGGACCCGUCCAUCCUGCAGACCAUGAACCAGCGCCUCAUAAAGCUGCAGUCCUGUGUGGCCAGCAGCUGCCGCGACUACAGCUGAAGAGCCUGCUGGCAGUUUAGACAUUUUGACUCAUUUUAGAAGAAAAAAUAUAAUAGAAUCUGUCGUGACUGAGUGUCAUUUAGUCGUUUUUUUAAAUAAAAUCAUUCCUCCUUUUGUUUGUAGAGCAGAUUUGAAGCUACUGGUUAGCUUAGCUUAGCCUAAAACCAGGACGUGAAACAGUUAGCCUGCCGUUAGCAAGAUAAAACAAAGGUAAAAUAAGGUGUGUUGGUUAUUUCACACACCAGCAGUAAUAAACACCUGAUGAAUCAACAAUUAGUUGUUUUUAUAUCCAGUCAUAAAACAUUUAGUUAGUUAUUUCCUUUUUAAUGAGCCAAAAUGUCUGAGCUGUGCUCAUUUAAAAUGUUUUUACUCAGAGCUCACACUUCUUCUUCACACUGUAACAUCUUUUACAAACAAACUGCACUAAACUUUCAGGAUGACCUCUGUUUUAAAUCAAACAUGGAGGGUUUAUUCUGAACACAUACAGAACCAAAGAUUUAAUGGUACUGUCACUGAUCCAAUCAGCUGUUUGCACACGGAGUUACUUCAUGAAUCACAGUUUCUGGACUUCUGAUGACAAGCUUUGUGCCAUUUCUGUUUUUUUAGCAGCUGGUUAGCUUAGCACUUAGCAUUUAAAGUGAAUACAGGAAGAGUUUUGUUCUUUAAAACUUAACAGGGUUUUUUUUAGCUCUGGUUUCAAACUUUCAUUUCUUCUGCGUUGUUUUCAAAACGAUAUUUAAGAGUAUGUGUAUUAUAUCUACAACAGUCCUGAGUGGGCACACUGUCCCACGUUCAGUGUUUGCUGUCCUGAGUGGACACGCUGUCUUCUGUUCAGUGUUUGCUCCCUGAGCAGCAGAGGUUAUAUACAGUAAUCUGUGAAUCUGUGAGAUAAACUGAGAUUAUUUCAUGUCUUUUCUGACUGUGAGAAAUUAAAAAGGGAGCUUCUAUGUGUAGGUGCUGAAGAUAAUCAUUUUUAAUUCUUUGUGCCUUGUUUUUUGCACUGGUGAAGUGCACGUGCCUUGAAUGUGAAGAGAUUUGCACUGUCAAGAUUUAAUGAUUGAAAAAAAAGACAUUAAAUAAACUGGUUGUUGUUACUCAGAA